AUGUGGUCAUCGCGAAAUAAGAAAUCGUAUCAGAGGAUCGAUGACGACUAUGAAGACGGUGAUCAGCGUGCAAGCGCCUGCAACAGCAUUCUACCAAUUGUGAAUACCGGUAGAAAUAUGCUAUUUGGCGGCGGACCGAGUCACUCAGAGUCAGCACCAUUGAUUUCCGGCUCAUCUACACCUGGUGAUGCGUAUAAUCCCCCUCCGUCAACCCAUGUUGUCGGCUCAUCUCGACACGAUGAAGCCAACCCAACACCUCCCGCAAUGUCAUCAUCAUCUCGUCGAAACGACCACCGAUGGGAUCAUAUUGACAACUUGGACAGGUUUUUCACAUUGGUUUAUGAAUAUCACCAAGGCGGGGGAUUCGUAACAAUUGCCGUCAAGAAAGUGUUCGGGUUGGCACAGUUUGUCUUUGUUGUGACAUUUUCGACGUUCUUCAUGCAAUGUAUUGAUUAUGAUGUGCUCUUCGCUAACAAAAAUGUAACAGCCACGGGUGCCGCGAUUACGGGAAAGCGAAGUUUUAAUGAUGCAGUUGUCGAGAGCUGUGCGAGUCAUCUUCAUCCGUUAGUUGUAUUCUCGAUACUCGUUGCUAUCAUAUUUUGGAUAUCACGAGUCGUCAAGACUACCUAUUACUUAUUGCAAUUGCAUGAGAUUCAACUCUUUUACCAUUCUGCCUUGUUAAUCGAAGAUGCUCAAUUGUCGAAUCUCACAUGGCACUCAGUAGUGAAGCAGAUUUGUGAGGUCCAAAAACGUUUGCAAUUAAUUGUUGAUAGAGAUCACGUCACACCAAUCGAUCUUUACAAUCGCAUCCUAAGGUUCAAAAAUUAUCUUGUUGCGUUGGUGAAUACGCGAGUUCUUCCACCGGUAUUCAAUGUGCCUUUUAUUGGUCCUGUACCAUAUUUUCCCAACGGACUUAAAUCUAAUAUACGGCGUAUUUUAUUUUUCGGAUCCACGUCUCCGUGGGCAGGACCGUACCUGAAAGAGGAAUACAAGGACCUUGAUAAUCUCGAGUUGUUGACCAGGCAAAUGGAAAAGGAUGUUGCGAUGUAUGGUCUGCUGAACCUUAUGUUCUUCCCACUAAUAUUUUUGUACCAAAUUCUUUACUCAUUCUUUACACUAUCCGAACUGAUCAAAAGGCGCCCUGACGCUCUCGGAAUGCGGAGAUACUCGAAUUAUGGAAGGUAUCGAGUCAGACAUUUCAACGAACUCAAUCACGAACUAGCUGCACGACUGAAUAGAUCACAUGUGUAUGCAAAUGCUUACUUAAACCAGUUCUACUCGACGUUAACAGAAAUAUUCGCGAAAAACAUCGCAUUUAUUGCUGGAGCGAUAGCCGGCGUACUGGCAAUCUUGUCAGCAUGGGAUGAGGAUGUACUUCAGGUUGAACAUGUGUUAACGGUGAUUUCUGUUUGUGGAGUUGUCAUGGUAGUUUGCCAUGGAAUGAUCUCUGACGAAAAUCUUGUCUGGCAGCCGGAAGUGUUGCUAACACAUGUUACAAGCGAACUGCAUUAUGUGCCGUCGGAGUGGAAAGGACAGGCACACACCGAGCAAGUCCGACGCGAAUUCGAACAAUUCUUCCAACUUAAGUGGAUGUUCCUACUCCAAGAAUUGAGCAGCCCUAUCCUCACCCCAUUUGUUCUCCUUUUUUGGAUCCGUCCUAACUGUCGCGAAUUAGUGCGGUUUUUCCAUGACAACACAGUACGGGUAAAUGGCCUCGGUGAUAUUUGCUCCUACGCACUUAUGGAUGUAGGAAGACAUGGCGAUAUGAAGUGGAAUGGCUCUGCAUCAAAGCCUAGUGCAGUCCCUGCACUAGAUGGAAAAACUGAACUUUCCGUGCUCCACUUCAUGUCCACUAAUCCAGAAUGGAAACCACCACCAGCUAGUGAACAGUUUCUGCAACGAUUCAGAACCAGGAUGGAACAAGAUGUUUCAUCUGCCGUUCAUCCUGGUACUCUUAGUGGUGAGCGAAAUCUACUAUUGGAUUCCAUGCAUUCCCUAGUGCCGUCUCUUAGGACGUCUCCGCCCCGGAAUACUCUCAUUGGAGACGGACUUCAUCGUGUUGAUGGCCCACUUGAUUCCACUGUAUGCGGUUUAUUGUCAACCCUACACCAAGUGAAUCCGCAGUUAGUGGAUUCGCUAACACGAAGCCUGCAGCAAAGUGGCGUUGGCAUGGAUACAGCCGGAGCGGACAUGCGAAUUCAAACGCUAUUCUUGAGGGGAAUGCAUGAGGAGAGCCUUAGAAAAAGCACUGCAACGACCACUGGUUAUGGAGCAAGUAUUGCUGCAAAUCAAGCUCAGAGCAUGUUUUGUGUCCCACAGCUCAGCCAAAUGGAUGAAUCUGCAAUGCCGGAGAGCGACGCACGCAGUCGGCUUGUGUUGCGAUCUACUCUUCCAGGAACAAGCGAAGAAGACGUUGAGGACGAUGAGACGAGUCAACAGGAUGACGAUGACAAUGAAUCUCCUCCUCAGUUCAUGAACGUGUAG